AUGGCUUCACUCCCAGUUGAUGUGCUUGGUGCCCAGGCUGGUGCUGGUGCAGUAGCUGCAGCUAGUGUUGGUGCUGCUGGUGCUGGUGCAGGGGGUCCUAGGGCCAUGAGGAGGAUAGCUCAACUUGUUAGUGAUGGUAGUAGGCCUAACAAAGUCUUCAAGGAUAAAGAUGUUAACCAUGUUGCCAAAACCCUUAAGGAGUACAGUGGGAAGGACCAUCCUAAAGAUGCAGAGUUUCUAAACUGUCCUAUAAGGUUCUACACUGAGAUGGAGUCCAUCUUUAGCCAUGCUAUGGCCACUGGUAGGUUUGCACUUGCUUCUGGUGAAGCCCUAGGGGCCAACCAGGCUGAUAGUAUUGCUGCUAAGGUAGAGGGUCCAAGGCUGGACAACAAGGCCUAA